AUGGCAGACGUGGUGCCGAGAAACCAAACCUCCCUCAGCCAGUUCAUCCUCCAGGGAUUUGGGAAGCUCCCCAAAAUCCAGCUCCUUCUCUUCCUGCUGUUCCUAGUGAUCUACCUUGUGACCGUGGCCGGGAACCUCCUCAUGGUGGCCCUGGUGGUGGCUGACCAGCACCUCCACACCCCGAUGUACUUCUUCCUGGGGAACCUGUCCUGCUUGGAGACCUGCUACAGCUCCGCCAUCCUGCCCCGGAUGCUGGCCGGGCUCCUGACGGGGGACAGGACCAUCUCUGUGGGCGGCUGCAUCACCCAAUUUUGCUUUGUUGGCUUCCUUGCCUCCACCGAGUGCUACCUCCUCGCCGUGAUGUCCUACGACCGCUAUCUAGCCAUAUGCAAGCCCCUGCAUUAUGCAACACUCAUGCGUGGCAAUUUCUGCGUCCAGCUGGCAUCUGUGUCUUGGAUAAACGGGCUUCUAGCUACAGUCGUAACCAUGUCUCUUAUGUCGCAAUUAACGUUCUGUGGCCCCAAUGAAAUUGAUCAUUUCUUCUGUGAAUCUACACAGAUGAUAAAUCACUACUGCAAUGACGUUUACCGUAUGGAUCUCGUCAUUACCGUCGUGGCUGCUAUAUUGACCCUACCCCCAUUUGCGUUAACGCUGAUGUCCUACGUGUGCAUCAUCACCACCAUCCUACGUAUCCCAUCCACCACUGGACGGCAAAAGGCCUUCUCCACCUGCUCCUCCCACCUUAUCGUGGUGACCAUCUUCUAUGGCACCCUGAUCGUUGUGUAUCUGCUGCCAAAAUCCAACACCCUCCGGGACCUCAACAAAGUGUUCUCUGUCUGUUACACAAUUCUGACACCGAUGGUCAACCCCUUCAUCUACAGCCUGAGAAACACAGAGGUGAAAGGGGCUCUGAGGAAACUUGUCCAUAAAUACAUGGAUUUGACUAGAAUUCAGAAAUGA